UCCAACUUCAAACAAAAUCUACUCGUUCCCAACAACAUGGACAGACAAAUCACGUGGGCUGAGAUCUUGGAUGAAUAUGAGGCCCGGGAGUCGGCGUGCCAGUCGACCACGUGGGGGGACGUUAUGGAUAAGGUGGACCCUUUCCCAGGCCAAAGUUACAAGAAUCGCUCCCCAAAGAGGAUAAUUGGGGAGUUGAAGGACGUCAGCGGGAUGAAGCAUCUCCAGGAAAAGAACCUUAGCAAAGAAAGAUGCACCAUGGAAGAGGAGCGCCUCUUUGAGGUGCAGCGCAUUGCCAGGGCGAAGUGCCGCACAGAUGAGAAGUACUUCCGAGACUAUCUCCUCAAGAAGCGCCUCAUUCAAGUGAAGUACUUCAUUGAUGAGAAGCAUCAUCUCGAGAUGAUGUGUCCUGAGGAGAAGAAUCUGGAGGAGGAGGAGAAGUGUCUCGCCAACGUGAAACGCGUCGAGGAGGAGAAGCGCCUUGAGCAGGAGCAGCGCCUUGCCAGCAUUGCAACCAUCACCACCACCGCUACCGCCGGCAACUCCACCCCCACCCCUGCCACCACCACCGCCACCACCACCACUGCCACCGCCACCACCACCGCCACCACCACCCCCACUGCCACUGAUGCUGUUGCCGCCACUGCCACAAAACCCGCCGCCACCACCACCGCCACCACCGCCACGACCGCCGUCACCACCGCCACCACAGCCACCACCGCCAACGCCACAACUGCCGCCACCGCAUCCACCGCCACCACUGCCACUGACGCUGUUGCCGCCACUGCCACAAAACCCUCCGCCACCACUGCCACCUCCACCACUGCCAUCACCACCACCGCCGCCACCACCACCACCGCAGUAACCACCACCGCCGCCACCACCGCCGCCACCACCACCGCCACCACCGCCGCCACCGACACCGCCGCCGCCACCACUACCACCGCCGCCACCACCACCACCGCUGCAACCACCACCGCCACCGCAUCCACCUCUGACACUCCUGUACAGGGCCCGAUUGCUCCAAGCUUUGGAGAAGAGGGCUUCCAAGCAGAGAAGAUGGAUAAGAAGACAGAGGUGGAACAGGAAGAGGAGAAGGUGGAGGAAGAGGUUGAGGAGGAACAGGAGGAGGGAAUGGAGAAGACAGAGAAUGGAGAGAAGAUGGUGGUGGAGGAUGAAGAGGAGGAGAUGGAGGACGAGACAAAGCAGGAGGUGGAGGAGGUGCAGGUGGUGGAGGUGGUGAUGCAGGGAAAGAAGAGGAAGCGAGGGGGCCUUGCUCGCGUGGCGAGAGCGAUCACCUCCCUCCUCCGCCGCGUGCUGCUUUGUGGUGGCAUGUCCACCCAGAGCCACUCCUGUAAAGAAUAAGGUUCAAUACCAUUGUUGUUGCUGGCACUUUAAACUUUGUGAAAUAAACCCAUGAUGACACAACAUAACGUUGAAUUGCUUGCAAGUGUA